AGCUGAGGGAAGGGAGAGAGGGAAAUAAGUAAAUAAGUUCGGUUCCGGCAAGCAAGCGCGAUUAUUUGGUCAACCAUCAAACAAGGAUCGAUAGAGGCCGAAGAAACUGAUUCAGAGAAGGAACUCUAUCAUCAGGAAGCUCGCUCGCUCGCUAUCCUCAAUUGAGGGUCGGAAAUGCGAGUGGAACAAGUUGCGUCUCUCGAGGGCCACAGUGAUCCGGUUUGGUGCUGCGCGUGGAGCUCGGACGGCAAUACAUUGGCAACAUGCGGAACCGACAAAUCAAUCCGUCUGUGGACCGAACAAGACCACGAAUGGGUGUGCGGAACGAUCCUGAGCGACGGCCAUUCACGCACCAUCCGAAGGGUCUCUUGGAGCCCCUGCGGGAACAUGCUGGCUUCAUGUAGUUUCGAUGGUACGGUCUGCGUUUGGACGAAGAAGGACGGGGAAUUCGAAUGCAGCGUCACGCUUGAAGGCCAUGAGAAUGAAGUGAAGUCUGCAGAAUUCUCUCCAUCAGGGAGGUAUCUCGCAACGUGUUCCAGAGACAAAACAGUUUGGAUCUGGGAGCAGGGCGGAACAGACGACUUCGAAUGUGUCAGCGUACAGUCUUGUCACACUCAAGAUGUCAAAUGUGUCCGGUGGCAUCCAAACGAAGAUAUUCUGGCCUCAGCAAGUUACGACAAUUCCAUAAAUUUCUACAAAGAUGAAGGUGACGACUGGGCUUGCGAUUUUACGGCGACAGGUCACGACAGCACUGUUUGGUCGAUCGCCUUCGAUCGCGAGGGAGAUAAACUCGUCAGCGGUAGCGAUGACCAGACCUUGCGCAUGUGGAAGCGAUACCAUGCCGGGAACCAGGCAGGCAUCUCUCCUUCCUGGAAAUGCAUCUCAACCAUUCAGGGAUACCACACUCGACCCGUUUACGAUGUGUCUUGGUGCCACCUGACCGGUCUCAUUGCGUCCGGAUGUGGCGACAACAAACUCCGAAUUUUCGCUCCCGACCCCGAGCAGCAAGUCGAUUGUCACACAGCCGACGCGCCAAACUUCAUCCAGGCUGCAUCGCUUGACGCACACCGACAAGAUGUAAAUUGUGUAAAAUGGAAUCCCACGAGAGCUGGAAUCCUCGCAUCUGCAGGUGACGAUGAGGUUGUCAAACUCUGGAAAGUCUUUGACUAUGAGAUUCCUAUUUGAAGUCCUUGUUAAGAUUACGCUCGCUGAACUUGGAGUUGUGAAGUGAGAUUAUAAUCACGUCAGACGCCCAAGCAUAUGGGCCGCGGCUGUUCUUUCUUUAAUAUCUGUUGAUCAGCGAUGGGAACUUCACGUUGCAGCCCCCUCCAAUGAACGAUGUUGAGAGUCUGAGCGAAAAAUAUACGGUUUCUCG